ACAAUGUCUGUCUUCAAUAGCUCUACGCUGUACCCUCGUUUCCUUCUAACAGGCUUCUCAGGCCUUGAAAGCAACUAUGGCUUGAUAUCUCUUCCCAUCUUCUUUGUUUACGUCACCUCAGUUGCAGGGAACAUUACUAUCCUAUUUAUUAUCAGAACUGAGCCUUCCCUCCACCAACCAAUGUACUUCUUUCUGUCAAUGUUGGCGCUUACUGACCUGGGCCUAUCCACUACAACCUUGCCUACCAUGUUCAGUGUCUUCUGGUUCCAUGCCCGGGAGAUUUCCUUCAAUGCUUGUCUGGUCCAGAUGUAUUUCAUUCAUGUUUUCUCAAUUAUUGAGUCAGCUGUGCUGUUAGCCAUGGCGUUUGACCGCGUUGUAGCCAUCCGAGUGCCCCUGUGCUACUCAGCCAUUCUAACCAAUGGUGUAAUCAUUGGAAUUGGGUCGGCAAUUGCUGGAAGGGCAUUGGCUCUGGUCUUUCCAGCUUCCUUCCUCCUAAAGAAGCUUCAAUAUCGUCAUGUCAAUAUUCUCUCUUACCCCUUCUGCCUGCACCAGGACCUCAUAAAGACAACUGUAUCCAGCCGUCGAGUCAGCAGCAUCUAUGGCCUCAUGGUGGUCAUCUUCUCCAUGGGACUGGAUUCAGUGCUCCUCAUCUUCUCCUAUAUUCUCAUCCUUGGCACAGUGUUGAGUAUAGCCUCCAAAACAGAGAGGGUGAAAGCCCUCAAUACCUGCAUCUCCCACAUCUGUGCUGUACUCACCUUCUAUACACCAAUGAUUGGGCUAUCUAUGAUCCGUCGCUAUGGGCAGAAUGCUUCCCCAAUUGUCCAUGUGCUCAUGGCCAAUGUCUACUUGCUGGUUCCACCCCUCAUGAACCCAAUUGUCUACAGUGUCAAAACGAAGCAGAUUCGUGACAGAAUCCUCAAGAAAUUCAAACAACAGAAAGUUUAG